AUGCAUUUCGAAGACCAUGAGUUCGAGGUGGACGAGGAUGGUGAGGGCAUUGUAGACGCGCCGAAAGGAAGAGCGGGCAAUUACACCAACGCCGAUGACAUCUUACUAUGCAAUACUUGGUUGCAAGUGUCGAGGGAUCCAUCUGUUGGAGGUGAUCAAAGUAGAGAUGCUUAUUGGGGGCGGAUGAAAGAACACUUUGAUGUUCACAAUGUGGGUGGAAUUGACCGCUCCGAGAGAUCACUUCAGUCCCGGUGGUCAACAAUCAACUCGGAUUGUCAAAGGUGGGCGGCCUGUCAAAAGGCGGUUGACAAGUUGAACCCAAGUGGCACAAAUGAGGACGAUAGAGAUGAUGAGAAAUGGAAGAAGCGUGAAGAUUUGGAUGAUUUGCAUUUGAGCAACAAACGCAAGCGCACAAUUGAGUUGAAUGAUGAUGAUGAUGAUGAUGAGGAUGAUGCAUCAAGUGAUGACGGCAAGAGAAGCCCCACACCCAACUCGGUUUCAUACUCGAAGCCAAAACGACCGGAUGGGUGCAAGAAAGACAAAACAGAAAAGAAGAAGAGGAAAGGAGAUGAUGAGCUCAAAAAUGCUAUGGAAGCUAUUGUGAAGGCAAGAAAAGAAGCCAACGAGGUGAGGAAAAUGGCAAGGAACCAAGAUGCCACGGCCGAGGAGAGGAGGUUGGCGGCCGAGGAGAGGAGGUUGGCGGCCGAGGAGAGGAGGGUGGUGGCCGAGGAGAGGAAGGUGGCUUUGGAGGAGAGGAAGGUGAGCAAUGAGGAGCGAACAAGAUUGUUGGAAUGGGAGAAGCACUUGUUCUUCUUGGACACAUCUAACCUCAAUGAGGCGCAGAAGGAGUUUGUUAAUCUUUCCCGUGAAGAAGUCUUGAUCCAAAAAAGAGCCAUGAUUCGCGCAAUGGGUGGUGGUGGCCUUGGCGCAAUGGGUGGCGGUGCCUUGGCGGCAUGGGUGGCGGUGGCCUUGGCGCCAUGGGAGGCAUGGGUUGCUUUGGAGGUACCGUGGGCGGCUUAG